AUGAUAGCCUUGCCUCUGCUGGUGGGGCUGGUUCCCUUCCUGUCCUUGUGUGGACUGUUUUACUCUGCCACGGUGGAUGAGAACUUCCCUCAGGGUUGCACCAGCGGCAACAGUGUGUGUUUCUACAGUCUGUUGCUCCCAGUUACCAUCCCCGUCUACGUCUUCUUCCACCUGUGGAGCUGGAUAGGCAUCAAGCUCUUCAGGCACAACUAG